AUGACAUUCUCCAUACUUACGAGCCCCAUUAACGAUCAAUCCAAGCACAUAUAUUCCCAUCUUCCAGCACUAGUAAACAAAAUUGUUGUUGUUUGUCCCUGUGUGUGUGUGUUCCAAAGAGGAAAGAAGCGAGCCACUGCAACAUCACGCAUUCUUUCUCUCCCCACUAUAUCUCUAUGUUCUCUUCGUCUUCCACACUAUCUGCGUCUCUUCUUCUGUACCAUCUGUCGUCGUCAUUUCUGCCGUCCGGGCACAUCUCCGUGGUGCAUCCAUCACACUCGAAUCGACCUUGUCUCCUCUCACCCACAAACUGUUACAUUUUUGUGUAUUGGGGCAGUUUGUCAGCCAGGUACAUUUGGUCUCUCGGGGGAAAGUUAG